AUGGGUGGCGAUCUUAAUUUGAAGAAGAGUUUCCACCCUUCUCUCCUGAAGAACCAGGCCAAGGUUUGGGAAGAGGAGAAGAAGGCGUUGGAAGAGCGAAAGAAGACGCAGCAGAGGAUCAAUGAGCUGAAGGAGGAGCGCGCCCGCGAAGAAUUGCAAAAGAAGCUCGAGGCUGCCGGACACGCCAAAAAGGUCGACCGCGUUGAAUUUCUAUACAGCGGCCCUACCGAUGGACAGACCGGGACCACGGAAGAGCGCGAGAGCUACCUCUUGGGCAAGCGUCGCAUCGACAAUCUCAUCAAGGGCACGGAACACAAGAAUCUUGAGAAGCAGGCUGGACAAGAGAGCUUUAUGGCCCUACAGACAGCCAACACGGCACGGGAUACUGCUGCAAAGGUCCGAGAAGAUCCUCUUCUCGCGAUUAAGAAACAAGAGCAGGCUGCAUACGAGGCCAUGAUGAACGACCCCAUCAAGCGAAGGCAGCUACUUGCAUCCAUGGGCAUCGAAGAUGAGAAGAAGUCCAAAUCAAAGAGGAGGGAAGACAGGCAUGAGCGACACAAACGGAGACAUCACAGGCAUCGCGAAGAUGGCUCGGACGAUGAAAGACAUCAUAAGCGAAGACGUUCAUACUCCCGAUCCAGGAGCCCUCGCCGGCACAGAGGUGACACCGAAGACGAGGACAGACGUGAGAGACGCCGGCGCAGCGACUCUCAGGACAGAGACAGCCACCGACGGAGACGAGCAUCCCGGUCCAGAUCGCCGCGGAGACGUGAAUCUGGAAAUAAGGACGAAUCCGACAGACGAGAUCGACGCGAAUACCGUGAUGAUCGCGAAAGGCGGCGCCAAGACCCCGGGUCAGAUGAAGACCGUGCUGUGCGACGACGAGAGAGGUCACCACGAGGCUACGACAGGCGGAAUGACCGCAAUGCAGGCAACUCAAGCUCUAGGGGUCCUAGGCAUUACGACAACCACAGGCACGACCGCGACAGAGGCCAUGACAGCCGAUCACACAGCAAGGUAGACGAUUCGGCGGCGGAUGAGGAAAGAGCAAAAAAGUUGGCGGCCAUGCAAGCCGCCGCCUCUGAUCUUGAUACCGACCGAGACCGUCGACUGGCGGCUCUUGAGGCACAGGAGGCAGCAGCGCGCGACGCCGACAAUCAGGCAAGGGAACGGUCCUCCAAGUACGGUGGUGACAGGCAGUUUGUCAACGGACUGCAUCGCAAAGCCGGCAACAUGGGUCUGGCGGAGAGGCUUGGGCGGGGCAGACAAGGCCUGCAGAGAGAUGACGACUGA